CUAACAGGUAGAAAAGCAGUUCAGCUCCAAGAGCAGCAGCGUGACAACACCUGGCAAAGAUGACUUCUGGUGGCAUGAACAUGAUGAGCAGGAUCAUCUUCUACGAGGACAGGAACUUCCAGGGCCGCUCCUACGAGUGCAUGAGCGACUGCCCCGACAUGUCUUCCUACCUGAGCCGCUGCCAUUCCUGCAGGGUUGAGAGGGGCUGCUUCAUGGUCUACGACCGCACCAACUUCAUGGGAAACCAGUUCUUCAUGAGGAGGGGCGAGUAUGCGGACCACACGAGCAUGAUGGGCAUGAGCGACUGUAUCAGGUCCUGUCGCUUGAUCCCUAUGCACAGAGGCUCCUUCAGGAUGAGGAUCUAUGAGAGGGAGAACUUCCAGGGCCAGAUGCACGAGGUGAUGGAUGACUGCGAGGACAUCAUGGAACGCUAUGGCAUGUCUAACUUCAUGUCCUGCAACGUGAUGGAAGGCCACUGGCUGAUGUACGAGCAGCCCCACUACAGAGGAAAAAUGAUGUACAUGAGGCCUGGCGAGUACAGGAACAUCCUGAGCAUGGGCUCAAGCAGCAUGAGGAUCAAAAGCAUGAGGCGCAUCAUGGAUUCCUGCCACUAGAUGAUGCCUCAUGAUGGUGCAGCAAUUUGUUUCCAAACCAAUUCUUAAAAAUGUAUUACGAAGCAACUCACCUGCAGCACACAUAAGAUGCUGACUGCGGCAAACACCACUAAACUGCACUCACAGAUGUCUUUGACUGUGGACAAUAAAUGAAUAAUAACAGGCCUUAUGAGAAAACAAUAAUAAAGCAUUCUUUGUUUUACA